AUGAUAUUGUACAUUAAUGCGAGUAAUGAUGUGGUUUUUGCAGACACUGUGUAUUUUCACCUUCCACCCCUCAAUGAAGACAUGAAGUGUGUUUACGGAGUGUCCUGUUAUCGCCAAAUAGAAGCAAAGGCCCUGAAGGUCCGACUGGCUGACGUCACCAGGGAGACGGUUCAGAAGAGCGUCUGCGUCCUCAGCCGAGUGCCUCUCUACGGCCUGCUCCAAGCUAAACUCCAGCUCAUCACACACGCCUACUUCGAGGAGAAAGACUUCUCUCAGAUCUCCAUUUUAAAGGUGAGAAUCAAAGCGUCUGUCAAGUUGAGCAGAUAUUCUAAAAACAAACUAUAUUUGUGGUUAUUGGCCCUUUUAUUAAGUCCUCAUUGUUUUAUGCUCUGUUUUCUCUCCUCAGGUUUAUCACCGAGAGAUUUAAUACUGCACUUUCGACACAAGAUUCUCAUCCUCUUUAAGCUCAUUCUGCUGGAGAAGAAGGUCCUGUUCUACGUGUCUCCUGUCAACAGACUAGUAGGAGCUCUCAUGACAGUUUUAUCCCUGUUUCCAGGGAUGAUCGAGCACGGCCUGGUGGACUCGUCCCACUACCGGCCGAAGAGCAGCGUGACCGAGGACCUGAGUCUGGCGGAGAGCGUCUCCGGAGCCGAGGAGUUUGUCUCCGUGUCCGUCAGCGACAUCGCCAACACUAAGCUGGAGACGGCCGCGGGGUCUCCGUCCUCCGGGAACACCAACGAGAGGGACAACCACCUCCUAAAACCCCCGUCACGCACCUCUCCAGAGUCCUCGGAGAGCGACUGGGAGACUUUGGACCCCGGUGUGUUGGAAGACAGUCCCAAAGAGGCAGCCGAGGGGAAAGAGACGGAGCUCCUGGACGCAUUUGACUCCAAGCCGGGGACGCCCAUCACCGUGCAGCCGCUGUCAGGCAGCGGGCAGGGAGGGGUGGUCCAGGGCCUGGUCUCUGGUCUGGAGGAGGAUCAGUACGGCCUGCCGCUCCCCAUCUUCACUAAGGGUUACCUGUGUCUGCCCUACAUGGCCCUGCAGCAGCAUCACCUCCUGUCAGACGUGGCGGUGCGCGGCUUCGUUGCCGGGGCGACCAACAUCCUCUUCCGUCAGCAGAGGCACCUCAGUGAUGCGAUCGUUGAGGUGGAAGAAGCUGGGGUCCACAUCCAGGACCCCGAGCUCCGGAAGAUCCUGAGCCUGACGACGGCGGACCUACGCUUCGCCGACUACCUGGUCAAACACGUGACGGAGAACCGCGACGACGUGUUCCUGGACGGGACGGGCUGGGAGGGCGGAGACGAGUGGAUCCGAGCCCAGUUCACCCUCUACCUCCACUCCCUACUGUCCUCCACAUUACAGCAGGAUAACGAGCGGCUGCUGGCGGAUUACGGCGCUCCUUUCGUCGCCGCCUGGAAGAUCACCCACAACUACCGGGUGUGGCACAGCAACAAGCAUCCCGCCAUGGCCGCCAUCACCCCGGGACACCCGUUCCAGGGCCAGUACAGUGUUGCUGAUGUGAAGCUACGACUCUCACACUCGGUGCAGAACAGCGAGAGAGGGAAGAAGAUCGGAAACGCCAUGAUGACCACCAGUCGCAGUGUGGUCCAGACGGGGAAGGCAGUGGGUCAGUCCGUGGGCGUUGCGUUGACUAGCGCCAAGUCGGCCAUGUCCUCCUGGUUCUCCACCCUGGCCCAGCCUGCAGCCGUGACCCCCCCGGCGUAUCCGGAGCCCGCCACAGAGGUCCAUCCCUGAAACCAAACCCCCCCCUGGUCCUCCGUCUCCGACUCUGUCCUCGUCCUCUGAUCUUCAGGCGACGGAGAAGCCGGAGGGUCAGUGGACCGAGAGCUGCUUUUAUGAAUGAGAAAUGGGUUUUAAGUCUGGACCAUGAAGCCUGACGUCCUGGUGCGCGGCGGCGCUACUCCGGACAGGAAGGCAAGCGCUGCGGUUAUACUAACUGUACAGUCCAUAUCCACUGUGAGGCAGAGGCUACCAGGGCUUUGAACCCAUCGCAUCCGGCCCUCUGUUUUUCUUGCUGGAUGCUUUUUCUGUGAGACACUAAACAUGCUGUCGUAGGGGGUUUGCGGUGUUCACUCUUUUGCUGCAUAUUUCUAGAGUUUGUCUACAUAACUGACUAUUUUGCUCACAGAGAAAUUAUGUUAAAACGUCCGUGUCACAGGAUUUGACCAACAGCAUGAGCUGUGGCACCUUGAAGAUUUUUAACGGUUUAGAUUUUAAAUUCAGUCUGGCUCAUGUUCAGUGAUGUCUCUAACAUAAACAUAGUGCGAGACAAAGUCCCCCCCACACCCCACACUUCCGUUGUCCCUCACUUGACCUUACUUCGGAAGAAAUAUAUACAGUUGUCAACAGAAGGAGAAAAA